GAAGUUCCGGUCGGAGAGGCAGGAGAGUGUGUCUAGGAGCCGGGGAGAGAGCGAGCGAGGUGCCAGCUGUUGGAGUUCCUUUCAGUGUAUGUGUGGUAACAACAUGUCUGUCCCCCUCCUUGCUGAUGCGGUGACUGUUUCAGGGGCAGAACGGGAGACUGCAGCGGUCAUUUUUUUACAUGGGCUUGGAGACACAGGGCACAGCUGGGCUGAGGCGCUAUCCUCCAUCCGACUCCCAUAUGUGAAAUAUAUCUGCCCUCAUGCGCCCAGGAUUCCUGUAACCCUCAACAUGAAGAUGGUCAUGCCCUCCUGGUUCGAUCUGAUGGGGCUGAGUCCGGACGCACCUGAGGACGAAGCUGGAAUCAAGAAAGCAGCUGAAAACCUUAAAGCAGUUAUCGAGCACGAGAUCAAGAAUGGCAUCCCACCCAACCGCAUCAUCCUCGGGGGCUUCUCGCAGGGCGGUGCCCUAUCGCUCUACACGGCGCUCACCUCCCAAUACCAGCUGGCUGGCAUCGUGGCUCUCAGCUGCUGGCUCCCGCUGCACAAGGCCUUCCCUCAGGCAGCGAGCAACGGCGUGAACAAGGAUAUCGCCAUCCUGCAGUGUCACGGGGAGAUGGACCCCAUGAUCCCUGUCCGCUUCGGAGCCCUCACCGCCGAGAAGCUGAAAUCUGUUGUCGCCCCCACCAAGGUUCAAUUCAAAACCUACCCUGGAAUGAUGCACAGCUCCUGCCCUCAGGAGAUGAUGGCGGUGAAGGAAUUCAUUGAGAAGCUGCUGCCCCGGAUCUAAGCAGAGCCACUCGAGACUGUCGCAGGGAAAGGACGCAAGGUCACCACCUCUGAUCUUUCCCACUGAUCCUGUCUGCUGCAAACGGAAGCCAUGGCAACCAACCUCAACUCCAGUUGUUUUCCCUCCCUUCAAUCCUUCCCUCUCCUGUCUCUUCUGCACCACGGUCCCUCAGGCGUGUGGGGUGUUGCUCCCCGGUGCUCCCUGAGUUGAGAGUGGAGCUGUUUAAGGUAGAGACUGUCCCAAGUCCAGGGUGGCCUUAUCUCUCGCUCUCUUGUUUUUCCCUUGAGGAUUUCGAUCCCCUUGAUUUUCCUGUAUCAGACCCGGCUGUGGAGGUAGGCUCAGCACUAACUCAGGCUGAUUUCCUUGGUCUCCUGGCUUUUCUCUCCUGUUACAGUAUUAGCAGGGAGUUCCUCCCCUGGAAAGCAGGAGAUAUCUGGGAUCCGGGGGGGGCUGCUGGCCCAUGCUCCCCUGGGCUUGAGCUCGAGAGCUUUGCAAAGCUCCCUAGAAAGGCCCGAUGACCCUGCUGUGUGGCCCAGCAUGGCUGGGGAGCGGCUCAGUGGGGUCAUGGCCUCUCGGCAGCUGCACAGUCGUUUGGUCUCUAUGGCGGGACGAUUCCGAGGUUUUUAAAACAAAUCAGCCUCCCAGCUCAGGGGCCGUUGGUCCAGAGCGCGCUACACUGGGACUGUACCUUAAACUCUGCUCCCUCUCCCAGCAGCACAGCUCGGGGAGCUGGCAGCACACGUGGGUUGGAAAGUAGCCACCUACGUUCUCCACGCUCACCCCCCCUCCUGCCAUGCGCUCUGUUACACGCACACCCCACAAGAGGAAGGCAGCCAUGCCCACGGGCUCCACACUGCGUCUGAUUGUGUCUCGGCUGCCAGGGCGCAGCGGCUCAGCCGGUCUAGAGAUAAUCGAGGGAUUUCCUUCUCCUUCUGUUGCUUUUUUACAAUCUUCUCCGUUCUGCGUGCUGGGGCAUCCCCGUGCGUCUGUCUCCUCUCAUCGCCACGCUGUUAGAAGCUAGGCAAGGAGGCAAAGACAAAUCGCUGCAGUUUACAGCCAGUUUCCUAGUGUAUUUCCCCUGAGAUCUGCCCUGGGUGCCGGCCCAGUCAGGAGCGUCUCUUGCUGCUACUCCUUCCUCUCACAGCAGGGUCAGGUCAGGUGGAAGGACAGAAGGAAAAGCUCCAGCUGAUGCUCUUGUCCUGGGCUCGGAUAGAUGCAGGAAGGAGACUCGUUCCCAGCCUCCUCCUCUCACCAGCAUCUGCUAUUGCCCACGUCAGCUCAGCUGUCUCAUCGGCCUCUUCUUUAAGGGCAAAUGCUGGAGAGCCUUUUCCCACUGUCCGGGGGCUGCCAGUCCCAGAGCACCCCUUGGGGCCAGUCGCUGCUACGCCCCCAUAGCCCUGAGGGCUCUGCAUGCUUGCCCAUAGGCAGCAGCCUGCUAGCCCGAGGCGGGGAUCGUCCCAGCAGGGAAGGCGAGAGCAUCCCUAAGAGCUGGGGGUAGAAUCGCCUGCAUGAAGUCACCUGAGCCUGCCUUUGCCACAGGGGGCUUGGCCCUCUCCAUGGAAGGCUGGGUCCUUCCUGCCCUGUUCAGCUGAGCCCCUAGUGCUGGCACAGGGAUAAGGGGAUGUGGCAUCCGGUGCUGGCUGAUGUAUCUUGGCAGGCAGAGCAGAGGACCCGUUCUCUCUCCCUCAGAGGAUCCAUCCUCCUCUCCUGCACCCCUUCCAGCUGAGGGCUGGCCUCUCCCUGAACAGGCAGAGGGUGUUUGCUGUUGAGCAGCACAGGCCUUCUCCCCCCGUGGGCUCCGCCCGCUGCAUUAUCAGCCCCUUCUGGGCUGGAGCAUAAGUGAGGUCUGGAAAUCAAGCUGUAAAUGUCUUUUAAAGAAACCUUUUAGGCUAAGGGCUGAAUUCCUUAUUCCUCCUGCAGUCGCUGUCUCCAUCAGCUGAGACAGGCCCCCCACCCCCUCAGCAUAGACUUAGCCAGCAAGGCUGCAUGGGCUGUGGCUUACCCUGCAUGGUCAGGGCUAGAACUGCCCUGGGGAUGCACUGGGGCCUGCUGUGAGCUCGCAGGGUGGAGGCAGGGCUGGCUGUUCACAGCAGCAGCUGGGGUCUCUCUGCAGCCCCAGCAAGAGCAGGGCAUUGCAGUGGAACUGACUCAGGCCCAGCCUAAUUGGGGACCCCCCCCCCCCAGGGAAAGAGCUGGGGUGCAGCUUCACAGAGGUAGGAGAA